AUGAUCGGAAUCACCAUCAUCACGGGGUUCCUCGGGGCGGGCAAAACCACCCUGCUGAAGAACCUCCUCAAGCAGAGCCUCCGAAAUGGAAAGAAAAUCGCCAUCAUCCACAACGAGUUCACCGAGAAUAACAAUAAUAUUGACAAAAUUGUGUUCAAGGAUAUCAACGAUAUUUAUAAUUUCCCGAAGGCGGGGGCGGAGAAUGAGGGGCGGAAUGACUGGCGGAAUGACUGGCGGAACGACCGGGGGGACGACCUGACCAUCGUGAACCGAAUCGAAAGAGACGAGGGGUACAUCUACGAGCUGAACAACGGCUGCCUGUGCUGCUCCAACAAGAGCAACUUCGUCAAGCUGAUCGAAAAUAUCCUGGCCAUGAAAAGCUCCUACGACUACAUCUUCGUGGAAGUGGCGGGGGUCUACGAUAACAUCCAGCUGAACAAUUUGUUGUGGCUAGAUGACCUGAACAAGUCAGAAAUUUACCUCGACAGUAUUGUCUACCUGUUGGACGCCUACAACUUUGUGAAAUCCCUCCAGGGGGGGGGUUCAUUCCAAGGUGAGGCCGUCCUCACGGAAGAUGCUCCACAGGAAGCAGACGAAGGGAAGAAGGAGGGAAGUGUUAACCCCCCCGCGAACGAACAACUAAUCGUUUGCGACGUCGUAAUUAUAAACAAAGUGGACCAAAUUAGCGAAGAGGAAAAGGAAAAAAUAAAAUCCUUCGUUAGGGAUAUGAACCCCUUAAGCUCCAUCUACCUGACCAGCUAUGCCACCCUCCCGAUGGAAAGCCUAACAGAACUCAAAUGUUAUGAAAAAAAAAAUAUAAAAGAUGUGCUGGCAAAUUCGAUGAGCAGUCACUCUGCAGAUCGAAACGACGUAUUCCACUACAACGACUUUGUUAACUGUUCCCUACAGUAUGAUCAUAGCAUCCCCUACCUAGUGCACCUGAGUGGAAAACUAACCCAAAUGAAGAAUGAAUUUCUCCAAACGAGAAGCAAAAACAUACUGAAGCAGAUCCUUUCUUCUUCAAAAAAAAAUAUUUUUUCUUUCACAAAAAUUAACGAAGCUUUAGUUUCCCUUCUUUGGAGUAAAAACCUGGAAAUAUACCGCGGCAAGGGCGUUUUUGUCGCCUUCAAUGAUGAUGUCUACAGCCUCAAGAGCAAGCUAACCCUAAAUAUGUAUUACUACCAAAGUGUUGGUGACUUAUACGAAAUUGACUUAGUCCUGAGUGACCUCCACACGUUCUUUCUCUCUGCCCUGGACGGGCUGCAAACCCAGCUGGGGAGUGGGGCAGAGCUGGCCGAUAAGGGGGAAGACCAUCCCGCAGAAAACGCCAACCAGGGGGAUGACAUAUCCGACGUUGAGGACUACCUUUCGGACUCCUCCAAAGGGGAAGGAAGCGACACAAGCGGCACUCGUGGCGGAAGCGGCGGAGGAGAGUACAACGUAAAGAACAUCCUGAGUGGGGGGGGCGUCUUCACUUCCCGCUUCCUCUUCAUAGGGAAACACAUCGACGUGGAGGGGGUCAAGCGGAAAUUGAACGACUGCAUGUGUGGCUAA